AUGGGAGACUGGAAUUUCCUUGGAGGCAUUUUAGAGGAGGUCCACAUUCAUUCUACUAUUAUUGGAAAGAUUUGGCUAACGAUCCUCUUCAUAUUUCGAAUGCUUGUCCUCGGAGUGGCAACUGAGGAUGUCUGGAAUGAUGAACAAUCAGAAUUCAUAUGCAAUACAGAACAACCUGGUUGCAGAAACGUGUGCUAUGAUGAGGCCUUUCCCAUCUCUCUCAUAAGAUACUGGGUCUUGCAAGUUAUAUUUGUGUCUUCCCCUUCCUUGGUGUAUAUGGGUCAUGCCUUAUACAGAUUAAGAGCCUUGGAAAAAGAGAGGCAAAAAAAGAAAGCUCAGGUAAGAGUGGAGCUUGAAAGCACUGAAUUAGAAAUGACUGAAAAUCGGAAAAGGCUGGAGAGAGAACUCAGGCAAUUGGAUCAAAGAAAGCUAAACAAAGCACCCCUUAGAGGCUCUUUGCUCUGCACUUACGUGAUACAUAUUUUCACAAGAUCUGCAGUGGAAGUCGGUUUUAUGAUUGGGCAGUAUCUUCUUUAUGGCUUUCAUCUAGAUCCCCUUUAUAAAUGUCAGAGAGAUCCAUGUCCAAACACAGUUGACUGUUUUGUAUCUAGACCAACAGAAAAGACAGUGUUCAUAUUAUUCAUGCAAUCAAUAGCAACUGUAUCAUUGCUUUUAAACAUCCUAGAAAUUAUUCACCUAGGAUUCCGAAAAAUUAAAAUGGGACUCUGUGGGCAGAACAAAAACAAGGACGACCCUGACAAUUUCUACAUAAACAAAUCGAAGAAAUACUCUGUGAUACCACACCCUUCUUUAGGACUAUCCACCACCCCUCAAAAAACUCUUGCUUCUGCACUUAGCAGUUACACCUUUUUAAUGGAAAAGCAAACUGACAGUGCCGUCUACCCGGUUCUAAAUCCUCCUCCCAUGUUUCAGUCUGUGCAAAAUAACCGUACAGAAAGCAGCAGCAAUUACACCCAUCGCAAUCAGGAAAACAAAUCGCCAAAGAAGAGGCCAGCUACAAAUGCUUUAGACAAUCAGGCUCAGAAUACUAGCACAAAUAAUAACGAAGGCUUGCUUGGCAAGCUUGAGACUGAAGCCUGCGAUGCUCAAAAAGAAGCUGAAAAGAAACACUUCCUUGUUGGUACUCAGAACGCAAAUAUAGCUUCGAGCAGGUGCUUGACAAGCUUUGCUGAAAUGCCAUCUCAAACUUCACUGCAACCCGAUAAAACUUCCUUUCCUAUUACUGGUUGCAGAAGACAACAUGGAAUCUGUACAUCUUGGAACUGCUCAGCAAUGGCUGAGAGUGCAGGAACUUCGACAAAUUCUCUUCCAAAGAACAGCAAUGGAAGACAAAGCAGUUUCAGUGCAAACAAAGCCCAACCUCCUUACAAUGCUGACAUAAAAAAUUCUAGCCGAACAGACACUCCAGACUGUACAGGGGAGGUGAGCUCAGAAUCUAAACAAAGUAGAAACUGCGAUAGUCCUAAGCCUUUCUCUUUGUCUAGGCGACUGUCGCUGUCAAGUAAUGCCAGCAGCAGGCGUGCCCCCACUGAUCUUCAAAUAUAG